AUGGCGAAGGUGAACGUCUGCGACGUCGAGGUUCUUGACAACCCUAGCACGUUUUUUGACAAGUUUAAGUUUCGGAUAACGUUUGAGUGUCAUGAGCCCUUGGAGGACGACCUAGAGUGGAAAGUUGUCUACGUUGGGAGUGCCUACAACUCCUCCCUAGACCAAACCUUGGACUCAAUAUUAGUCGGUCCCGUUCCUGUCGGUAGACAUCAGUUUGUUUUUGAGGUCAACGCGCCUGAUCCAAAGAAAAUCCUACCGGAGGAUCUUGUCGGAGUUACUGUCGUGCUAAUACAGGCGCUUUAUCAUGAGCAAGAGUUUAUCCGUAUAGGAUACUACGUAAAUAACGAAUAUAAAUCGGAGGAACUCCGUAACGACCCUCCCGCUGAGCCCUUGCUAAGUGAGGUAAUGUGCAAUCCCUUGUUCCUCACUCUUCAGUUGGAAAGAUCUAUCAUCGCCUCGGACCCCCGCGUUACUCGAUUCCCCAUCGAUUGGGGUGAUGGCUUGCUUGAUGGAUGCCCUGAGCCUGAACAAAAGGAGGAGGAUGUUGAUGCGUUAGAAGUGAUGGAUUCCAAGAGUGAAGAGAGAUUGGAUGAACAGGAGGGCGAAGAUGAUGACGAGGAGGGGAUUGAGGCUGAUUUUGAGGAUGUUGGCGAGGAAGAUCUAGGCGAAGAAGAUGAUGAAACCGAAGAUGAAGACGACGAGGACGAUGAAUGUGAAGCAGGAGCCGAAGAUCCGGGCGCAGUCGUGGACGAAAAUAAUGCUGGUUACGAACCAAUGGACACGGACCGAACUUCUUUGAAGAAUAGUCCUUCCGCCAACCUUGAAUCAAUACUCCGUGCCUCAAAUUCGCCUCUCAAACAGCUUUGA